AUGGCAGCGCGCGACUUGACCCUGCACAUAUCCUCCAAGCUGGCCGGGGAAUGGAGCGCCCCAAACGUGGCCGGCAUGCUCACCGCCCCCGUCCUGGAGUAUCUGGUGUCCAAGUGGUCCGACCUGGACACCAUGGUGAAGACCCGCCUCCUCCUGGCCCCCCUGGCCAUGAAGGGGGCCAGCCUGGAGGAGCUCCGGCCCCAGCUUCAGGCCAUGGUCGAGGCCGGCGUGGCUGACAAGGACGAAUGGGUGAGGGUCAUGGCGCUGGCCGUCGGGCCAUACGAUGGGCGCAUCCACCUGGGCGCCGUGGCCGCCGAUUUCAAGCUCGUGGGCAAGACGCUUGACGAGCUGGUGAGUGGCCUGCGCGAAGCCGACCCCCUGCUGUAUCGGCCCCAGGAGGAGCUGUACCUGCACCCUGACCUGGUCCGACGCACUGCCACGCUGGACAUCGCCGCCGUGGCCGCGCUGAACCAGCAGGCCGCUGCGGAGCGGGAGCGCAAGGCGCAGGCGGAGAGGGAGGCCAAGGAGGCCCUGGCGCGACGACGAGCCGAGGAGCGCGCCGCGGAGCGUGCCGCAGCGAAAGCUGAGAAGGAUGCUGCGAGGCUGGCGGCCAGGCGUGGCAAGGAGCCUGACGACCCGGGAAAGGGUCCCUCCCUAGGGGAUGAUGCGAGCGGCGCAGCCAAGUAG